UUUCAUGUCUCUUUGGUGGUGAUGGGAUUGUCUCUCUCUCAGCUGUCUCAGGUGCUGUCUGAGGACCGUCAGUCUCCUCCAUUGCUUGGUGUCAAUGGCUCCAGUGAGGACAAGUUGUUUCGCAGCAAGAGUGCUGAUAUGGAGGAAUCCACGGAGAAAGAACAGAUAAGGAAGAUGCUUUCUGAAGGGUCGAUAUGCGAGAGAAACUCAGAGGCUGAGCUGUUUUCUCUUCGGGACAGCAACACUAAGCUGGUAGCCGCUCUUCAUGAAGCUAACAGCAGCAUUGACCAAUGGAAAAAACUAUUAGCCGAGUAUCAGGAAGAAACCGAUCGCCUCCGAGAGCAGGUUGCAGAGCUGGAGGCUCAGAGCGGGGUUUCUGCUUCCAGUGAGACGGGCAGCGAGGAGCUCACACAGAAUAUGGCAGAGAUGGAGGCUCUUAUCCGAGCUAAAGAUGAGGAAAUAAAGAUUCUGCGAAGCAAGAAACCAGAUUUAAGUGAGCUGGAGACAGAAAGGGAAGAGGCCUGUCAAAGGAUACAGGACCUGGAAGUGAAGAACUCGGAGUUGGAUAAACGAGUACAAACAGCAGAGGGCGCUUUAGCUUCGUCCCAGGAUGCCCGGAGCAGGGCGGAGAGCGCGGUGCAGAAGGUCAUUGAAACUUUAGACGUCAAGAUCUACGACUUGAGCGACCUGCGGCAGAACCUAGCCAAGCUCCUGGAGAAAUGACCACUGCGCUCAGACAAACGUUACAUGGCAAUCAUGAGGUAGAUGAGAACUCGUUCUGUACUGGAAUCUUCCCAAGCUGCACAACUCAACGGUUCGUCACGGUACUAGGCUGGUAGUGAAAACUAGCAUGAAUUUAGGACAUAUUCAUUCCACAUUCGCUUCCUGAGAGCCAUGGGUGUAUCUUACCAGAUGUUUCUCGCACAAAACUGGGCCUUGAAAUAGUCACGAGGAAAAUCUUAAACAGACUAGAACUACUUUAGACCUGUUUAUUGCUACUAGAUAACAAUAUAGUUGUUAAGAUCUGUGACUAGUCUUCUAAAUAGAAUAAGACUUUGACCAGAACGUUCUGUAGAUAUAAGCUACCGUUCGAUGUGUUUACCAGUAUUAUUGUUAGAUGCAUAACUAGAACUGAAGAAAGAGAAUAUCUCACUAAUUACGGACACCAGCAUGUAUCUGUUAGGACGUUAAGUGGUUUAAAGGCUUAUGGCUCUGCAUUUGACAACUAGAGAAAGCACUAACAAAACAUGAUAUUUCUCUUAGUGACAAACAUGAAUGGUUAAGCUUAACUUCUCUUUUUCAUUAACUCAUGUAUUCAUUAUUUUAACUGGUCUGCUGCAGUCUAAAUAUGUAGGUAGUUAUAAAUCGAAUGCAUUCCUGCAAGGAUCAACCGUUUUGCAGAGUACUUUAAUUUAAUUUUCUCUGUCAGAUUCCAUUAGUUCAAAAUGGCACUUCUAAAUGCAGCAACCCUUAAGGAAAAACACUUUAGACUUUUUUUUUAUAGACCACUAUCGUUUGCAAUACCUCAGCAUGCAUCUUUAUACCAAGCUUUAUAGUAUAUAGUUUUUCCUCUUUUUAAAAACAUGAACUUUCACUUUAACUGUUGUUUUCAUUUUACCUUGCUUGGACAUUUGCCCUAUAACCUUAAAGACGUUUGCACAUAAUAUGCUAUUUUUCUAUUGUGUGCCUGUUGUUGGUUUUAUAUGAAUUCCCAAUAAACGUAUUUGCUUCAUGUGUAUACGUCCUGUAACCAUUCUUUCA